AUGGAAGGGAAUUUGCCACAGGGAGGUAUUAUUCAAGGUGGAACAUCUUUUGGUGGCUUUGAUUUGCCAGGAUCAAUUCGUGUUCAGCAUCAAGCACAACAUCCCCAUACCAUGCACCAACAUCAAACUCAUCCGCGUCAAGGGUCUUCUGUACAUUCCACAGUUCAUGAUGGUUUCCCUCUUACAAUGGGAACCCUGCAGAAUUGUGAACAAACCAUUUCAAUGGCAGAGUUUAGUAAAGGAGACAGAAGCAAAAACUCAGCGAGUGAGGAGGACGAGCCAAGCUUUAAUGAGGAUGGUGUUGAUUGUCACCAUGAAGCGAGUAGAGGGAAGAAAGGAUCACCUUGGCAGCGGGUGAAGUGGACUGAUAAGAUGGUAAGACUUCUGAUAACAGCUGUUUCUUAUAUUGGUGAGGAUGUAACUGUUGAUGGUGGUGGCAGUGGAAGAAGAAAAUUUGCAGUAUUACAGAAGAAGGGUAAAUGGAAAUCUGUUUCUAAGGUCAUGGCUGAGAGGGGUUAUCAUGUUUCACCUCAGCAAUGCGAGGAUAAAUUCAAUGAUCUCAAUAAAAGAUAUAAAAAGCUUAAUGAUAUGCUGGGGAGAGGCACUUCUUGUCAGGUUGUUGAAAAUCCUGCACUGUUGGAUGUAAUAGAUUUUCUUACUGAGAAAGAAAAGGACGAUGUUCGGAAAAUAUUAAGCUCAAAGCACUUGUUCUAUGAGGAGAUGUGUUCUUACCAUAAUGGUAAUAGGUUGCAUUUACCUCAUGAUCCUGCAUUGCAACGUUCACUGCAGUUAGCGCUGCGAAAUAGGGAUGAUCAUGACAAUGAUGAUAUAAGAAGGUCCCAUCAUGACGAUCACGAUGAAGAUGAACCAGAUGUGGAAAUUGAUGAUCAUGAUGAUUUCGAUGAUAAUUGUGCUUCUCAUGGUGAUAGUAGAGGAAUAUAUGUACCAUUAGGUGGAUCUAUGAAGAAAUUGAAACAAGGCCAAGAAGAUGGUAAUACUUUUGGUAAUUCUUUCAAUUGUCAGGACUACAACAAAAGUUCAUAUCCCCAUGGGCAGAUGGUCCAAUCUGAUGCGAAUCAAGGUUUACCUGAAAGCAUGAGAGCAGCUUGGUUACAGAAGCAAUGGGUUGAAUCUCGAUCGGUUCAGUUAGAGGAACAAAAGCUUCAAAUUCAGGUUGAGAUGCUGGAACUGGAGAAACAGAGAUUCAAGUGGCAGAGGUUUAGUAAGAAAAAGGAUCGGGAGUUGGAGAAGCUUAGUCUAGAAAAUGAAAGAAUGAAGCUUGAAAAUGAACGUAUUGCUUUAGAACUGAAGCGAAAGGAAAUGAGCACUGGCUUUAAAUAG